GCCGAAGGGAUACACCAAUACCAUCCGUCAUUAUCCCAUCCAAAUGAAAUCAUUUUAAUUUUGCCGACAGGGGACUUCAAUAAGCUGGCGGCCCCUCUACCCCGUGCAGCGGCUGCACAGGGGGCUGGUGCUUUACUGGUAAUCAUUAAUGCCCCUCCCUCGCAUUCAAUACACAGUGGGGAUUAAAAAUAGCCUUCUCUGCUGGGAAAACGGAAUGUGUAGCGCACAGUCGCAGUUGCCAUAGCUUUAAAGGAGGAGCUGGAUGCAAGACUUUGGCGUUCUUGCCCAUGUCCGUGUUGUCACCGAGAUCUCGCCUCAAGCUGCAACCUCUUUGAUUUCUUCAACACCGAGAAAAUAAAAUGCAUUCACUAACAACGCGGAUACUUCUAACAACGGUUCUUUAUCUUCUCAUCUUACCGCAAGCAGUAUUUGCGACCAGUAAGUUGUUUGGGGAAAGUGAUCAAGUCCAAAUGAUAUCGGAGGGCUCCGACUGUCGCUGUAAAUGUAUCAUGAGGCCACUGACGAAGGAUGCCUGCAGUCGCAUACGGAAUGGAAGCCUGCGCUUCGAGGACUUCUACACAGUCGAAACCGUCAGCUCUGGGACGGACUGCAAGUGUUCCUGUGUGGCUCCUCCAUCAUCUCUCAACCCCUGCGAGAACGAGUGGAGGAUGGAAAAGCUCAAGAAACAGGCUCCAGAAUUUUUUAAGUUGCAGUCACUCGUUGACCUCCUGGAAGGCACCUUGUACAGCAUCGAUAUGAUGAAAGUGCACUCGUACAUACGGAAAGUGACAACACAGAUGAACAACCUUGAAGAGACCAUCAAAUCAAACCUGACCAGGGAGAAUAACUUCAUGAAAGAGAGCGUGAAAAACCUUUCUGAUCAGAUGAGACGCUACGAAAACUACUCUGAAAUUAUGCUCAGUGUAAAGAAGGAAAUUUCAAAGCUGGGUCUCCAGCUCCUGCAGAAGGAUGCAGGUGCGGAAGAUAAGCAACAGGACACAACUGGGCCAAAGGGCGUGAAGUAUUUAAAUAAAGUAGAGAACAAGAAAAAGCCACCGGCCCGAAAAACCCCUCCCAAGGUACCAAAAACCAAAGUGAUUAAACCAAAGAAGGCAGCUGCAAAAACCAAGCCAGCCGCCUUACUCAAAAUACCACAGCCCACCAGCAAGACCAAGUCUGGUGUCCAGCAGCCGGGUAUCAUAAAAAGUGUCACCUACUACAUAGCCGGAAGGCGCGAAGACACAGGAAAUCACGGUAAGAAUAGUUCUUCUAAAGGGACAUCUCGUUCCAAGGAUCAGGAGUUACGAACGGGAGAGAAGUCUCAGGGUUCUCGCGAAUCUGAGGGAGCUGACAAGCAUGCGGAGAGUUCAGCCGCAGCUCCAUUCCCCAAAACCAAUCCAAUCACCACAGCUGGGUCUGGCACAAACGCCACAGAGACCCCUCACACAACCAGGCCAAAUACAGUCGGUGAAGGUGAAUGUUAUGGGACAUUGUCAAUGAUCGAACCUCCUAUCAAACACCAAAGUUAUGGCCGUAAUGAGGGUGCCUGGAUGAAAGAUCCCUUGGCAAAAGACAACCGGAUCUACGUGACCAACUAUUACUAUGGAAACAAUCUGGUAGAAUUUAGAAACCUUGAAAACUUUAAACAAGGACGAUGGAGCAACCUGUACAAGCUUCCUUAUAAUUGGAUUGGAACAGGUCACGUUGUCUACAAUGGGUCAUUCUAUUAUAACCGGGCUUUUACUCGAAAUAUAAUCAAGUAUAAUAUUAAGCAGCGUUACGUGGCAGCCUGGUCUCUUCUUCACGACGUGGUUUAUGAAGACUCUACACCGUGGAAGUGGCGAGGACACUCGGACGUUGACUUUGCCGUCGAUGAGAGUGGCCUCUGGGUCAUUUACCCUGCUUCAUAUUAUGAGUUCUCCCAGCAAGAAAUCAUAGUCAUCAGCAAACUAGAUCCGACUGACCUCUCAAUGAAGAAAGAGACAACUUGGAAAACAGGCCUCAAACGUAACUCCUAUGGCAACUGCUUCAUCAUCUGUGGUAUUUUGUAUGCAGUUGAUACCUACAAUGAAAAAGAAGGGCAAAUAUCUUAUGCAUACGAUACUCACACAGACACUGAGAUAAGUCCAAAGUUACCCUUCAUCAACGAAUACACUUAUACCACCCAGAUUGACUACAAUCCCAAAGAGAAGGUUCUCUAUGCAUGGGAUAAUGGUCAUCAGGUGAUCUACAAUAUCAUUUUUGCAUUCUGACUUUAUACAGAAACAUGGCCCAUCACACAGCACUUUUAAUUUGUUUUGUUUUAAACAUUUAUAAAGAAUGAGAAUUUGCACUUGGGCUGGUAGAGAGGAUUAAAUGGAAGGCAACCCUUGUAUUAAGUGAUCUUGAGUAAACAGUAAGUUGAUAAAUAUGAUGAUUUAUGACUGUUCUACAUGAGUACAAUGUAUGACACUUAAAUAUUACCAUUUACUACAGAACAGUGCCAUCCAGUAUUUAGAACCAAAUGGCAGAUUUACAAAGCUCCUCCCUUUACGCAGGAUGUAGAAACACAGAAAACCUACAACACAAUACAGGCUCUUCGGCCCAUAAAGUUGUGCCAAACAUGUCCUUACCUUAGAAAUUACCUAGGGUUACCCAUAGCAUCUAUUUUUCUAAGUUCCAUGUACCUAUCCAGGGGUCUCUUAAAAGACCCUAUUGUAUCCACCUCCACCACCGUUGCCAGCAGCCCAUUCCAUGCACUCACCACUCUCUGCAUUAAAAAAGUUUACCCCUGACAUCUCCUCUGUACCUACUUCCAAGCACCUUAAAACUGUGCGUACUUGUGUUAGCCAUUCAGCCCUAGGAAAAAGCCUGUGACUAUCCACAUGAUCUAUGCCUCUCAUUAUUUUAUACACCUCUAUCAGGUUUCCUCUCAUCCUCUUUCGCUCCAAGGAGAAAAGACCAAGUUCACUCAACCUAUUCUCAUAAGGCAUGCUCCCCAAUCCAGGCAACAUCCUUGUAAAUCUCCUCUGCAACCUUUCUAUGGUUUCCACAUCCUUCCUGUAGUGAGGCAAACAGAACUGAGCACAGUACUCCAAGUGGGGUCUGAUCAGGGUCCUAUAUAGCUGCAACAUUACCUCUCGGCUCCUAAACUCAGUCCUAUGAUUGAUGAAGGCCAAUGCACCGUAGGCUUUCUUAACCACAGAGUUAACCUGCGUAGCAGCCUUGAGUGUCCUUCAUCAGUAAGAGAAGUAAUCAUGAUGAGAGCAGUUUAAAGCAGACUAAUGCCACCUCUUCAGAUAUUUCAAACUGGAAAUCUGCAUCUUUGAAACACCACCAACAAAGUAUGUUCCAAAACUGCCUCAAUGAAAUCCACUGAAAAGAUCAGCCAUUUUAAUUAUAUCUGUAGUGAGUCUAGUUAAGACAUUUUUGAUUGAUCGCACAAAACCACUCACAAAAUGUUGGAAGAGAUCAGCAGGUCAAGCAAUCGGCGUUUUGGGUUUGAUCAGGAGAGUCUCGGCCCAAAACACGUUAUGAUGAAAGGUCUUGUUCUGAAGCAUAGACUCUUUAUUCUUCUCCAUAGAUGCUGCCUGACUUGCUGAGUUCUUCCAGCAUUUUGUGUGUGUUACUCUCAAGUAUCUGUAGAAUCUCUCGCAUUCUUGUUAAUCACAUUUCUUUAAUGGUUAAAUGGCCCCUUUGCAAAUUUUAGUUGCUUCAGUGGCAGAACAAAAUUGUCAGUGAAACAGGUUAGCCAUGAAUUGCACGUUGAACAAGAUUCUACUUUGCCUGCCAGACUGUAUAGUGAAUGGCUAAUCUGCUACUGCCUAUACUGCACACCGCUGAAAUUAAAACUCAUUGUCCCAUGAGUCUAUGUUAGUAUUAAUGUGUCCAAAUUUGCACUGCAUGUUAAACAUAUCUUGUAAUUUGCUGAAUAGUGUGAAACUAGGGCUACUCCUAUGCUUCAAGCACUGUACUCUGUUGCCUCUUGAUUGGAAAAUGCAUACAUUGUAGAUCUAUGAAAACAACCUGUGUAAAUUAUGCAAAUAGACUUUGAUUUAAGGAUUUGCACAGGACGCAAAGCUGUUUCUGUACAAAGAACAGAUUUUAAGUAAUACAAGAAAUACAAAAAUGUGUCUAUUAUUACAAUUAUUUCAGAAUAAUGUUAACAUUUUUAGAAUUCUGUGUUGCAGUUGGAAGGCUGGAAAGGAAUAAGCACAAGCAAGACAUUUUGCAGGUCAAAGUCAUAUUGCGUGGUCUAAGAUAUUAGGUGAUGGUAUAGAUUUGAAUGACUUAAGCUGUGGCACUUUGCCAUAGCUAUUGCUCAAGCCGUUAUACUCACAAUCCUAUACGUUAUACCAGUUUAUUUUAAUUCAGAUUUGCGAAAGAAAGCUUGAUGGUUUAGACAUUGUCUUAAAGAAAUAUUGUACACCAAUGCUGUGUAAUGGCUAUAUAUAUACUCCUCACAUCAUCUCUUUGUAAUGUUUUUGCUAUGUGUGGAGACACUAUCACAGUUGGUAUCUCUGAUAAACAGUGUUUUGCUAAUUGUGUAAUCAGAACAAGAACUCAGCCUGCAUACUUUCCUCAUUUACAAAUGCUUGAAAUGGAACGCUACCAUAUUUUGUUGUGUUAUCUCAUUAGAACCGAGAAUAUGGUUAUAAAGGUACUUUGAUAAAAAAUGAUUCAAAAAUCUU